AAACACUUUCAAGACAAUAUUAGUGUUCCAAAGUUCUGACGAAUGCUCAGAAUUCUUAUCAUAAGGAUACGGAUUCCAUCUAUGAACAAUAUAUGAUCACUGUGGCAAGGACUAAAUCACCGAUGUUGCAAAAGACACCAUUAUUAUUCGCGCACGACCUGCUGUCUGCUCCUGGGUCGGUGUUUUCGCAGAGGGCGCUGGCAUGGCGGUGGGGGCGCUGAGUGUCACCCUUGUAUCCUCCUAGCGGCCAAAUCUUACUUCACUACCCUAAACUCUUGAUAGAAGGCAGUGAGACACACUCCACUGAUGCAAGUUUAACAGAAAUGCAGAAAACAGCCCCAAUAUGUCCAGGAAAACGAAAGACCAUUCCUAAGAACACAUACAAACCACUCACAAUGUAAACAUGGAUCGAAUGAAGAGAUCAAAUAUUGAAUAAACGUUCUCGCACUAAGACCAUAUAAGACAGCAGAGCCAUGGACCAGGUGGCUGGGGUAACACCAGCCUCUGGACAGAAUUUAAACGACCUUCAAAACUACCUGGUGACCUUUAACAAGGAAAUUGAAGGAGAACAGACGCCAGGAUCUCAACAAAUACGCCCAGUGCAAAUAUCCUCUGAACAUAACAAGGGUCAAGUGGUCAUACAAGAUGCUGCUGUUGCUCUUGCAGGAGGUGACUCUACAACUUCUCAAGCUCAGGCUGUUGGUGGAUUCUACAAGGAACAGGGUAUCAUUGAUGGGAACCUGGAGGGAGCUGCAGUUCAGCUCAUUCAGGGGUUAGUCUCUGCCCCACUGUCAGGGACUGAACAGGUGCCAGAUGAUACUUCUGCUCUUGUUGGUGUGGAAAAAUCUGAAGCAGACGCCAUUAAUUCCCAGUACCAGACAUACAUUGCAGACUUAGCAGGAGAUGGAACACAAAUUAUUGGUGGGUUGGAUGCUUCAGUUUCUACGCAGGAGAUCAGUUCUUCCAUGGUCCAGAGUUUGAUGAAUCCUGCAACAGCAGGGAACAUCAUAAGGAUUGUAUCCAUGGGGGCUGAUGGUCAGAUGCAGUUUGUCAGUGAAGAGAUUCCACAGGGUACUGAACUCACCGAGGUACCUAAAGAACUAACUACUCAAGGUGUAGAGGGCAUUGAACAACCUGAUGUUAUUGAUGGAACAGAUCCAGUUGCAGUGUUGGCUUCGAUUGCAGCUAAUACCUCUAAUGCUGUGAAUCAUCUUCAGGCAGUUCCAGUUAGUCAAAGUGAGAUGCAUAAUGCUCAGCUUGUGGCCCUCCAGAACUCUGCCGACAGCUCUCAGCCGCAGCUUGUGGCUGUGCAGGCUGGGGAUGGAGUGGAUGAGACUCUUCAAGUUAUUGGUGCAGCUGAGGGUGCUACUGACAAUUCUGUUGUCUUCAAUGCUGGUAACUCAUUCCAGACUGUGACCAUUGUUCCUUCUGAAGUUGGGAAGGAUGGCGAGGUGAGCUACGUGCUGAUAGUUUCACAGCCAGAUGGAGAAAAAGAUGCAAAUGGUAAACCUAUUACAACUGAUAUGUCUGUGUUUGACUUUAAAGAAGAGGCUCGUGAAAUCAGUACAGAAGAGAUAAUUGAUGAGGAUGGAACAACCAAACGAAUCUUGAAAAUAACACCAAAGAGAGCUUUUGCUACAGGAUCUCCAAAUCAACUGAUGUGUCAUUAUUGUAACUACACAAGUCCAAAGAGGUAUCUCUUAUCUCGGCAUAUGAAGUCUCAUUCAGAAGAACGUCCACAUAAGUGUACUAUCUGUGAGCGUGGAUUCAAGACAAUUGCAUCGUUAACUAAUCACGUGAACACUCACACUGGUCACAGACCACACAAGUGCAAGGACUGUGAAGCAGCUUUCACAACAUCUGGUGAGCUUGUGCGCCAUAUUAGGUACAGGCAUACAUUUGAGAAGCCACACAAGUGUAUGGUUUGUGACUAUGCGAGUGUUGAACUUAGCAAGUUAAAGAGACACAUGCGCUCUCAUACAGGUGAACGACCAUAUCAGUGCCCCCACUGUGCAUAUGCAAGUCCGGACACAUACAAACUGAAGCGUCAUCUACGCAUCCAUACAGGCGAGAAACCAUAUGAAUGUGAUGUUUGCCAUGCUCGAUUUACUCAGAGUAACAGUUUGAAAGCCCACAAACUUAUACAUUCCGGAGACAAACCUGUGUACCAGUGCGAUCUAUGUCCAACAACUUGUGGACGGAAAACAGAUCUGAAAAUACAUAUCCAAAAACUUCACACCAGUGAAAGACCACUGGUAUGUCGUAAAUGUAACAAAACUUUCCCAGAUCGCUACUCCUAUAAAAUGCACAACAAGAACCAUGAUGGAGAGAAAUGUUUUAAAUGUGAUUUUGGGAACUGUGACUAUGCAGCAUUGUCACAGCGGCACCUGGAUAGUCACCUGCUCACUCACUCCGGGAUUAAACCUUUUGAGUGUGAUGAAUGUGAUCAGACAUUCCGCCAGAAACAGCUCCUGAGACGACACAGAAACCUUCAUCACACCCCAGACUACAUGCCUCCUGCACCGAGGGAGAAGAUGCAUGACUGUUCCGAGUGUGAUAGAUCUUUUGCUCAUAAGGGUAAUCUUGUGCGUCACUUGCAACAUCAUGGUAUAGAAUGUAGUAUGUCGGAUGAUGAGGAUUCAGAGGCAGGUACCUCUGCAACAAAUGUGCCACAAGUCAAUGAUCAACUACACAAUAAUCUUAUGCAGGACUUGCGAGCAGGGAAACUUGGUAAUGCUCCUCAAGUUGUUAUAGUUCAUCCUGAUGGACGGGUGGAGGAGUUUUCCUCCAGGUUAGAUUCUGCAGAGAAAGGUGUUGAUGAACUGCUAAUGGCAAUAGACAGCUCUGAGCAACUGAACAUGGACAAGAGUGAGGGACUUGUCCCUGAAGGUGGUGAUGAGUCCGAAGUACAGAAUGAUGAGAAAAGAGAAGCAGGGACCCAGGUAGAGAUAGAUUCUGACACUGAUGAUGACAUUGAAGUAACCUUCCGUCAGCAGAAGGCUGUCAAGAAGACUGUGAAGCUUGACCCCCAGAAGCUUGACCCCGAGAAGCUUGACAUAGUAGAUCUCUACCCAAUUACUGACAUGAAAGGCUUAGUAGAGGUUGGCAGUGAGAUGAACAGUAUUGUUUCCAAACCUGCAUCCAGCAAUACAUACGCAGUACUGACAAGCCAACUUAAGACUUCUACUCAGACUACGUCAUCGAUAAAUAUCCCUAAGAUUGUUACUGUGGUUGCACCGAAAGGUAGUGGACCAGUCUCACCAACCAAGCACACUUCAAGUGAUGCUAUAAGUGCUGUGAAGAGGAAACAACCUGUUGAUGAGGGCUCUCCAGCCAAACGAACAAGGAAAGCUACUGCAGAUAGCAAAGUUUGAGGUAGUAACACUGACAUGACAACAUUAUUGCUGCAUGCAGAUGUUUUAAAUGAAGACAAGCAGCACCUGACCACGUGUAGUGUACAUCGAAAACUGUUACAUCGUUAUCAGUUAGGCCACUCUCGUUUUUCUUUACAGAAGACAGAUACAAAUACUGGGUUGUAGCAAGUGUCAAAACUAUUGUUUUAAAAGCAGUGUAUUUGUUAAAGUCUAAAAGGAUGAUGUGACAUUUAAAAGUCAAUUGAAACAUUAAUACAUAUAUAUGUGAUAAAAGGGUCUUGUGUAUGUUGUUCCAGUAAUCAAAUUAAACUGUUUGAUGAAUUGUAAAGCAAGACAUAUCCUCUUCAAUGGCCCUCCUUAUCCCACACUGGAAAUGAAAGUGCUAUAACAUUCCUAGUUGUAAGGGAGAUAAUUUGGAUAUGUUAGGUUACCUCCCUUUCAUAGCCAAUCUUUUAAGAUUUCACUAUUAUGUAGGACUUUGAUAGUAUUUAUUAUAGAAGUUAAGCAUCUGUCAAUGAUGCUGUGUCACACUUUAUUUGACUCUUUGUCUCCAGUAUUAUAGUUUCAUUUGUAUGGUUGUCUGUAUUUGUUGGUGUGACAUUCCCCAGCAUCAGAUUAUGGAGGAAGUCAGCUUUUUGAAGUCAAUAUGAAGCUUGAGCCCUUGAAUGACAUACUGGCAUCUCUUUGUUGUAUGUAGUUCCUACUGUCAACUGAUGCCACACACUACAUCAUGUACUGCAUCCCAUAGAGCACAAGAAUAAUGAUAAGGUUUAGCAUUGAUAUGUUCAUGGCUAUUUGUUACACAAGGUAAAUGUGUUAAAGUACUGUCGGAAAUAGAAAAAAACUGUUUUUAGGCUGUUACUCUGUAUCCCUAAAAUUUACACAAUUGCAAAUAGCAUAUGUCGAAAUAACCCACAUCGGC